AUGGCCGAGCUCAGUGCACUUGCUGCCGUCCUCGUCGCCACCCUCUCGCCAGACGCCCCGACCCGCCGUCAGGCCGAGCGCGACCUCCUCCAGGCGCAGGCCCACCCCUCGUUCGGCCCGCUCGUCCUCCAGCUCGCCCAGGAUGCUGCGCACAACAAGGCCAUCCGCCAGAGUGCCGCACUCAGCUUCAAGAACUGGAUCAAGGCCAACUGGGCUCUCGAAGAUGCGCCGACGCCGUUGACGACCAGCACCGCCGAGUCGCUCAAGCAGAGCGUCGUCCCCAUCAUGAUCAGCCUCGCCGGCGAGCAGGCCCUCCAGGUCCAGCUCGGCGAGGCCAUCGCCAUCAUGGCCGCCGCCGACUUUCCGCAAGACUGGGACAGCCUCAUCGACCAACUUACGACCCAGCUCACGCCCGACAACUUUGUCGUCAACAACGCCGUCCUCCAGACCGCCCACUCGAUCUUCCGCAGCUGGCGGUCCGAGUUCCGCACCGACGACCUGUUCCUCCAGAUCAAGUUCGUCCUCGACCGCUUCUGCGAGCCCUACCUCAAGGUCUUCCAGCAAACCGACUCGAUCCUGUCGUCCGGCACCGCCCUCUCGCCCGACCAGCUCAACCUCCUCCUCCGCACCCUCCUCCUCCUCCUUCAGCUCUUCCACGACCUCAACUCGCAGGACCUCCCCGAGUUCUUCGAGGACCGCCUCCCCCAGUUCAUGCCCCUCCUUCUCAAGUACCUCGACUAUGCGCCGCCAGGCGCACCUGCCGCCGACCACGACGACGAGGACGAGGCGGCGGGCGACCUCGAGAUGGCCAAGGCCGAGAUCUGCGACAUCGUGCAGCUGUACAGCCUGCGGUACCUCGACGUGUUUGGCGAGGGCGGCUACCUCGGCCCGUUCGUCGAGAAGACAUGGGGCCUCCUCACCAAGCUCGGCCCGGCCGUCAAGUACGACACGCUCGUCGCCAAGGCGACCGCCUUCCUCGGAACCGUCGUCAAGAUGCCGUCGCAGCGCUCCCUGUUCGAGAACCAGCAGACGCUCGAGGCCUUCUGCGAGAAGAUCGUCCUGCCCAACAUGACCCUGCGCACGUUCGAGGAGGAGCUGUUCGAGGACGACCCGGCAGAGUACGUCCGGCGCGAUCUCGACUCGGCGAGUAGCGAGACGAGGCGGCAGGCCGCGAGCGACUUUACCAAGGCGCUCAUGGAGCAGUUCGAGUCGCAGGUGACGCAAAUCGUCACGCAGUACAUCGCCGCCUACCUGCAGCAAUACGCCUCGUCGCCGCAGGCCAACUGGAAGUCGAAAGACACGGCCAUUUUCCUCCUCACGUCGAUCGCGACUCGCGGCUCGACCCAGCAGCAGGGCGUCACGUCGACCAACGCGCUCGUCGACGUCAUCAAGUUCUUCUCGGAGCACAUCCUCGCCGACCUGCAGGCGGCGCCCGGCUCGGUCCACCCGGUCGUCCAGGCCGACGCCAUCAAGUUCCUGUUCACGUUCCGCAUGCAGCUCACCAAGGAGCAGCUCCUCUCGGUCCUUCCCCUCCUCAUCCCUCACCUCGAGAACCCGGCUUUCGUCAUCCACACGUAUGCCGCCCUCACGAUCGAGCGCAUCCUCUUCAUCAAGACCAACAACGCGUUCAUGUUCGGCCAGGGCGACAUCCGCGAGCACGCCGAGGGCAUCUUGCUCGCCCUGUUCAAGAUCAUCGAGAGCGGCACGUCGCCCCAGCAGGUCGCCGCCAACGAGCACCUCAUGAAGUCGGCCAUGCGCGUCAUCGUCACUGCUCGUGGUGGGCUCGCGCCGAGCUACGCGACCGUCCUGCAGCACCUCGUCGCCAUCCUCGGCGAGAUCAGCAAGAACCCGUCGAACCCCAAGUUCAACCACUUUACGUUCGAGAGCAUCUCGGCCCUCAUUCGCUUCGUCGUCGUCGCCGACCCGUCCGCCCUCGCCGCCUUCGAGACGGCCCUGUUCCCGCCUUUCCACGCCAUCCUCCAGCAAGACGUGUCCGAGUUCACGCCCUUCGUGUUCCAGAUCUUGUCGCAGCUCCUCGAGCUCCGGUCGGCCAACGACCUGCCGCAGCAGUACACGGUCCUCCUCCCGCCGCUCCUCACGCCGGCCCUGUGGGAGUCGCGCGGCAACGUUCCGGCGCUCGUGCGCCUCUUGCGGGCGUUCCUCGCCCGGGGCGCGGCGCAGAUCGUCCAGAGCGGCCAGGUCCCGCCCAUGCUCGGCAUCUUCCAGCACCUGAUCCAGAGCAAGGCCAACGACCAGCACGGAUUCGACCUGCUCGAGGCGCUCGUCGAGUCGCUCCCGAUCUCGGCCCUUGAGCAGUACUUCUCGACGCCAAUCUUCGUCCUCCUCCUCACCCGCCUCCAGACGUCCAAGACGGACAAGUUCACGCACGGCCUCAUUCGGUUCCUGUCCUUCGCGGCCGCCAUCCAGAAGGACGACUUGGGCGCCGACCGGGUCGUCGGCUUCAUGGACGGCGUCCAGCCUCAACCUGGCCUCUUCGCCCAGGUCCUGCCCGUGCUGCUCCCCGACGUGCAGAAGGCGCCGACCAAGGACCGCAAGAUCAUCGCCGUCGGGCUCGCCAACUUCCUCACCAAGAGCCCAAAGAUGCUCAACGAGCCGCAUGUCCGCGCAUGGGCCCCGACGCUCGAGGCUCUCCUCAAGCUCUUCCUCCUUCCGCUCCCGAUCGCCCGGAACACGUCUGCGGCCGACGACGACGUCGACGUCGUCGACCCGGAGGAGGCGGUCGGCUACCAGGCGUCGUUCUCCAAGCUCGGCGCGAGCGAGCGCCCGAGGGCCGACCCGGUCGCGCACGUCGACGAGCCGAGGAUGUGGCUCGCCAAGGGCCUCGAGGAGGCCAACAGGCGCGAGCCGGGCAAGAUCCCGGCGCUCAUGCGGCAGGUCAACCCCGAGUUUGCCACGCCGUUCGCGCAGUACCUGCAGCAAAACGGCAUCGAUCUAUCGUGAACUUGCUUCUCGCCACCCCUCCCUCUUUCUGUCUCUC